AUGGACCAGGCACACCCCUUACCGUGUCCUAUGGUCGUGAGGUCCUUAGACCUUGAGAAGGAUCCAUUCGGACCUAAGAGACCGGACGAGGAAGCACUCGGACCGGACAUGCCUUACUUAAGUGCCAUUGGGGCCUUAAUGUAUUUAGCUAGUCAUACAAGACCGGACAUAAGCUUUGCCGUGAGUUUACUAUCCAGAUUUGGAUCAUGUCCGACCUUAAGGCAUUGGAAUGGUGUAAAGCAUCUGUUCAGAUAUCUGAAAGGAACAAAAGACCUUGGUUUGUUCUAUACCAACCGGCCAGGAGAGAACAUGGUCGGGUAUGCAGAUGCUGGAUACUUAUCUGAUCCACACCAGGCUAGAUCUCAGACAGGAUAUGUGUUUACACAUAGUGGAGCCGCAAUAUGCUGGCGUUCAACAAAGCAAUCCUUAGUUGCUACAUCGUCCAAUCACGCCGAGAUCAUAGCCAUGUAUGAGGCAAGCCGUGAGCUUGUUUGGUUGAGGAGCAUGACCGGCCAUGUCUUGAAAGAGAGUGGUCUGUCCGUGGGACAAGAGAAAGAGGAGCCAAUGAUCAUCUACGAGGACAAUGCAGCAAGGCAAAGGAGGUUCAAGUAG